AGCCCCCAGGGUCCCGGCGCGCCCCGGUCCGCCCGCCCGCAGGGGGCGCUGUCGGGCCCGCCAGGCCCCGCCCCUUCCGGCGCGGGAGAGACCCCGGCGGCCCCGCAGGGCUCGGUGCCCGGUGCCCGGUGCCCGCGCGGGCCGGGCCCAGCACAGCCCCGACAGCCGCGUUGGGCAGGCGGGGGCCGGGGAGGCAGCAUGGGGAAGAGCUGCAAGGUGGUGGUGUGCGGCCAGGCCUCGGUCGGGAAAACGUCCAUCCUGGAGCAGCUGCUGUACGGGAACCAUGUGGUGGGCUCCGAGAUGAUCGAGACCCAGGAGGACAUUUACGUGGGCUCCAUCGAGACAGACCGGGGGGUGCGGGAGCAGGUGCGGUUCUACGACACGCGGGGCCUGCGGGACGGGCUGGAGCUGCCCAAGCACUGCUUCUCCUGCACCGACGGCUACGUGCUGGUCUACAGCACUGACAGCAAGGAGUCCUUCAAGCGGGUGGAGCUCCUCAAGAAGGAGAUUGACAAGUCCAAAGACAAGAAAGAGGUCACCAUUGUGGUUUUGGGCAACAAGUGUGACCUGCAGGAGCAGCGCCGGGUGGACCACGAGGCAGCCCAGCACUGGGCCAAGGGCGAGAAGGUGAAGCUGUGGGAGGUGUCCGUGGCCGACCGGCGCACGCUGAUUGAGCCCUUCAUCUACCUGGCCAGUAAGAUGACACAGCCACAGAGCAAGUCUGCUUUUCCCUUGAGCCGCAAGAACAAGGGCAGUGGAUCUGUGGAUGGCUGAGCCUUGUUUUUUCCCUUCCCUUCCACUGCCACCUCCUCUCCCUCACCUCCCUAAUUCCCUCACACGUGCCUCCUGCUGGGCCUGCUUGGGGUUGUGGAGCCUGCAGGAAGCACAGUGGCAUGAGGAACAGGCAUCCCAGGGCUGGGGGAUGGUCUUCAAGGAUGACAGAGGUGACCCAUCUCCCUUCACUGGGACUACUCCUUUCAGUGCCCAGACUCUGCAGCUGUGUGAGGUGCUGUGGGAAAGCCAGGAUUCCCCGAGUGACACCCCUCUGGUCCCCGGGGCAGACCUGAGGGGAGGCACAGCCAGGGGCUGGCCAGCAGGUGGGGAUCAGCUCCAGGGCUGAGCUCAGCCGGGCCACUGGAACAAUUCCCUCUCUCCAGCUGCUGCGUUUUGUAUUUACUGCCACCAUGCGGGAAGAGCCCGCUUGCUGGCCCUGUCUCCAGCCCAGCCAGUCACAGCAGCUCCCUUAUCCUACCCCAGCUGGCUCUGCGGUGCCACCCUGUUCCCGGCAGGCUGCCCCUUACCUGGCAGUGCCCACUGCUCCUUUACCUGCAGAAACUGCCAGUCAUCCUGCCCUGGUGGGUGCCGAGCAGGGCAGGGUGCCCACAGCCAGAUGCCUGGUGCUGUGGCAGCUCUCACUGCCCAUCUGUCACGGUGCUGACUCUCCUCUCAGAACCACCACGAGACAAGGGAAAGGUGGCCCAGUCCUGCCCAGCAACACGUGAUCCCUUUUGUUAGUCUGGAUCUAGGAGAAAAAAGGACAAAUGACAAGAGCACCCUGGCUUCUUUAUCCUCGUUCCUUUUAUUUACUGAGUAACACAAUAAAGCGAUGAGAUUCGAUUAUCAAAA